UGAGUGAGGGCCAUGGGCUUCGCGGCUGCUGCUGCACUGCGGAGUAAUGGUUCCCGGGCGCUUCGGCUCUUGGGCGCCAGCGGCAGCGUCUUCUCAGCGGCGGCGUUGACGACCGGAACGGGGCCUCGAGGGCUGGUCUAUGAAGGGCACGGAGAUCCUGCUCAAGUGUUACGCCUAAAAGACAUAGAUCUGGCAGAAGUGGGAGAUUUUGGAGUCCAUGUGAAAAUGCUUGCAGCUCCUAUCAAUCCUUCAGACAUCAAUAUGAUUCAAGGAAGUUACCCUAUUCUUGCUGACUUACCUGCAGUAGGUGGAAAUGAAGGAGUUGGUCAAGUGGUGAAAACUGGACAAAGUGUGACCUCCCUGAAGACAGGUGACUUUGUGAUCCCAGCUGAUGCAGGACUUGGAACUUGGCGAACAGAGGCAGUAUUUGCUGAGGAAACACUCCUGAAAAUGCCACCUGAUAUCCCAUUGGUUUGUGCUGCCACCUUGAGUGUCAACCCCUGCACAGCUUAUCGCAUGUUGUCUGACUUUGAAAUCUUGAAGCCAGGAGAUUCUGUCAUCCAAAAUGCAGCCAAUAGUGGAGUGGGACAGGCUGUUAUCCAGAUCGCAGCAGCCAAAGGUAUCAAAACAAUAAAUGUGGUCAGAGAUAGACCCAAUCUCCAGGAGCUAACACAGAUUAAGUCUCUUGGAGCAGACCAUGUCAUCAAGGAGAUGCUGAGAAAACCAGAUGCGAAAGACCUGUUUAAGAAGCAAGAUACUGGAAAAAUGGAAAAGCAUAAUUUGAUGUCAAAAAUACCUUCAAGUGAUACAAGACCCAUCUUCUAG